AUGGCCACAAUAUUCACCGGUAGCUCUCGUUCAUCUAAGAAGCAGCUCAAAUCAAUCCGCCACGAGCUCUCGCAAUUGACCCUGCACCGUCGUUGCUACGAGUACGAGGACUUUGUGGAAUGCUGCUUCAUGUUGAAACAGUUCACUGGUCUCAAAUGGCCAAUUGAAACGUUCAUUAGAUUCCUACAAGCUGGUAUUUGGUCUGAGUAUCCUAUCAUUACUAAGUUAUUGAACGAGUAUCUUGAUGUUAGCCAGGGAAUGGCGAGGUCCGUGACCAUUGGCGCAGAAAAGGGGUACGAUAAGGAGAUGCAUGUGGUUAACGUUUCGCAAAAUGUGUCAAUUGCGGACUUCACCACCAACUUCUUGACAAACAUCAAAAUAUUAGAUGUGCCGUUCCGAGUUCCAGGCGUUGCCUUGAAGAGAAGAAGAAGAAAAGCCAAAGUGAAGGCAAAGAAAUUGCAGGAACGAGAAUUGACAGAGGAAAAUGUCAAGAUUACAGAAGAGGCGUUUGUCGAUGCUGAUUCAAUGGAUAUGGCAGAGAUUUCCCGUGCCUUGACCGAAAUUGAAACCAUCUCAGAGUUCGAUAUUAUUUGA